UACACGACAAAAACAGAAAGAAAGACACAUGUCAGUGUAUAUACAUAUAUGCAUAUAUAUAUAUAUAUGUAAUGAUCAAUCUAGAGAAGACCAGAGAAAGUGAAAGAAGAUUCUGAAAUUGUGGCAAUAAUCACAAUCGAGAAUGUUGCUGGUGGCGAUAGUGGCGGAGAUGAUGGAGGAGUACACGGCGGUUCUGGCCAGAGUGUUGGAGCAUCUUUUCACGCAGGCUCCGUUUCCUCGCCGGAUCCGUCUUCGCCUUCUUUAUUCUCUCCCUUUCCACUCGUCUCUCCCCCUCCUCUUGCCCCCUCCUCCUCCCCGCUCGUAAUUACCACUGAGUUUAGGGUUUUUUCUUUUCUGGGUUCUUCGAAUUUGACUUGGGUUUCUUCUUCUUCUUCGAGAGUUGCUGUUCUGUAAAAACAAAUGACGCUUUGGCUGUUUUGUUUCAAUGUUUCUGAUGAUUCUUCGGACAUGUACAGCUUUGUUUCUGGACGUAUAUAUGUAUGUAUGUAUUGUCGACGAGUUUCCAUUGGAAACCGAAAGAAAGAAUGAUAAUAUUCCUCCGUUCAAGAACACUUCUUGUUCUACUUUCGUUCUCGUUUUCCAGUAUAAAGUUUGUUUUAUAUAAUUUGUAACCUACGCAAUAUGUUUCGCAUCGGUUAUGUAGAUUAGUUCGGUUCCCUUGACGAUGAUCCAAGCAAGUUUACAGUUCCCUCCCAACGUAAAUAUCCUUCCCCUGUCGACAAAGGCAGACCCUUUUGAUCGAAGAAGCUGAGAUCCAAAAAAAAAUCAAACUUUUUUUUUUGGGUGAAAUAAUGUAUCGAGGGACAUUCAUGUGUGUAAAGGUUGCCACGAGGUUUAGCGGAAAAAGCUGUGUUUACUUUGCUUACAUAACACCUCAAAUCCGUCGGUCCAUAUUCUUUUUCAUUUGCUGCCUUUGCUGUAGGGCUUCCAUUGCCAUGGCCUCUCAAGCUUUCCUCCUCAACUUACAUAUAUCUCUGUCUAUGCAGCUAUAUAUAUAUAUAUAUGUAUAGUUGUAUGGGCAUCUACUCUCACUUUAUACAUAGCCCAAUACGUGCGUGUAUUUGUAUAUAUCAAUCUUUUUCGUUUCUUUCUAAAAAAAAGGACUUUUCAAUUUCAUAACCACAAAGUUGCAUAUGGCGGCAUUGAUAGCAAGAGGGUUCAACUCCAUUGUAUCUGCCAUCUCGAUAAUUUUCUUCAGAUUCCGUCCUCUAAGUAACAAAGGACGCACAACGACACAUAUCAGCUACUUCAAGAUGUCUAAGAGACGUCCCCUCUCUUUGCAGACGGUUGAUCUGAAGGUGAGAAUGUGUUGCAGCGGAUGUGUCAGAAUCGUUAGAAAUGCAAUCUCCAAGCUCCGAGGGAUUGAUUCUGUGGAGAUCGAGCUUGAGAUGGGGAGGGUGAGAGUGAUCGGAUACGUAGACAGGAACAAAGUCCUAAAAGCCGUGAGGCGGGCCGGGAAGAGAGCGGAGUUCUGGCCAUAUCCAGAACCGCCGCUCUACUUCACAUCCACUCGGAACUAUUUCAGAGAUCCGUCGAAAGAGUUCAGAGAGAGCUACAACUAUUACAGACACGGCUACAACUCCACCGACCAGCACGGCAACAUCCCUGUCGGAUGCCGAGGCGACGACAACGUCAGCAACUUGUUCAAUGACGACAACGUCAACGCCUGUCGCCUCAUGUGAUGUUAACAAAUGCACGUUCAUGUAUUACAAAAUUUGAUCAUCGGAACACAAUAUUUAGUUGAAACACGGUGAAUUUAUCGUAUGAAUGCAGAUGGUUGUAAUAUCAUAUCAACGUUUAAAAGGAAAACAGAGAAGA